GCAGGCGGGGGCGGCGCGGGAUCCCGGGGCGACUCCGGGGCGACUCCGGCGCGCGCGACCAAGGCACUGGUGUUUGAACGGGAAGCUUCACAACGUUUACAAGAAUCUUCAGAGCAGCUUUGAACCAGACAAACUAGAAAUCUCUUCAGAACACCGCCUCCGGCAUGCUUCUCCCCUGUUGGGCUUUCCUGGCUGGGAGGUUUUUGGAGAGGUCGUUCUGCAGGGAGCCAGAAUGCUGAUCCUCCUGAAACCAGCUUAGUGGAUUUUACUUUUAUGGGAGAAUUCUCUUGCUUUAUUAUAUACUCUCUGCCAGACUUCUAAGAGGUGUGGAAGCAUUCAUGGCACUGACGAGCCUGUGGGGAAGCAAGUAGCACUUUCAUGCUGAAUGAUCACCAAGCAGGUGGCAGUUUCGUGGAAAACAUUUCAACCUUUCACGUCUGGAUUUCCUGGAUCGGGGACACAGAGGAACGGUGGCCGCUGGGGCGCAAGGACUGCUACCAGACACAAAACUCCAAAUAAAUAGAAUGAGGGCGACAGGCAAGUAAAUGGCCACCACUACUUCAACAGAGCCGACGUCAGCCUCCUGGUGGAAUUACUUUUUCCUUUAUGAUAGUUCAAAGGUAAAGGAAGAAGGGGAUCCAACGAGAGCUGGCAUUUGUUAUUUCUAUCCUCCUCAGACCCUUUUGGACCAGCAGGACUUGCUCUGUGGACAGAUUGCUGGCGUUGUGCGCUGUAUCUCUGACCUCUCUGCCUCUGCCCCUGCCCUCAUUCGUCUGCGGAAACUGAAGUUCGCCAUCAAGGUUGAUGGAGAGUACCUUUGGGUAAGUUUCGCCUGUUCUAGAAGUCACAGGAGUGAAAUAGUACUAGGGUGUGAUGUGGGGCUCCCUGACCAUAGCUGCGAGCAGUUUCUGGAUCAGCUUGUUGGAGUCUUUAAUUUUUACAAUGGGCCCGUUGCUCUGGCUUAUAAGAACCGUUCUCAGGAAGACCUGCGUGCCGAGUGGGACGCCUUCAUUGACCAGAUUCUGAGGAACACCAGUGAUCUGCACAAGAUAUUCAGUUCCCUCUGGAACCUGGACCGAACUAAAGUGGAGCCACUAUUGUUGCUGAAGGCAGCCCUCAUUCUGCAGACCUGCCAGCGCUCGCCUCACAUUCUAGCUGGCUGCAUCCUCUAUAAGGGACUGAUUGUUAGCACCCAGCUCCCACCCUCCCUCACGGCCAAGGUCCUAAUUCAUCCAGCUGUACCUCGGGACCAGAGAAGACCUGCAGGAGGGGGUGCCCUGCAGGAAAAUGGAGCGGCACUACCCCCAAAUGUCCGGAUCAUGCCUGUGUUCCUGACCGAAGAAGAGGCCAUCAGCCUCCAUGAAUUCCCAAGGGAGCAGGCAGCUAGCCCUGCUGCACCACCCACCAGACUCCAGGAGUGCUCAGCCCAGCAGCCUCCACACACUUGGAGCACAGCUGCCCCAACAGAAAAUGCCAUUGGACACAUGGAGCCCAUGGCUUGGAUGUUGGCAACCACUCCUGAGUUUGCGUGUCCUGACGUAGCAUGGCCAGAUGGCAAGGGGGAGAACGGGCACUUGUCUGGUUGUGAUCUGGAGAACAUUAUGCCUGCAAAACCGCACCAUCCUUCCAGGGACGAGGGUCCUGGUCUUGGCAGCUCCCUAGCAAAGGAACCUCGUCUGCCCUGGGAGGAAGAGGAACCAGACCUGUCUGCAAUCCACAUUCCAGAAGCUCAGGAAACAGAAACAUCCUCAGGUGAUUUUGCCCUCUUGAGUAUGGGCACCCCAGAUGGUGAUAGUCCUGGCUUUGAGGAAUCUGUCAGGGACUCUGGUGACCGGGAACCUGAGCCACCUGACCCGCUGCCUGUGGACAUAGCCACCAGCAGCCUCCUCUCUCUGUCUACUCCUGAGAUGCUCAUCCAGAAUGGAGCUGUGGAACAGCAUGACAACCUUCCAGGAGAUAGCAGCCAAGAUGCCUCUCCCAGGAAAGACCACCUCCCCAGAAGGACAAACAGGCCUCGGUCAUGGCCUUGCUUAGACUGGAGGCAGAGAGGCACCAUGCUUUCCGUGGGGAAACAGGGCGUGGAGCAGUGUAUUGGGGUUCAUGACAGCUCCUCAGCACCCGGAGGCUCAGACCUGGCAGGGUCUCAGGACGAUGGUACUUCUGCAGACAGAAGUGACCCUGGGUCAACGCCAGCAUCCCGUGUGGGCCUUGUGCCAAUGAACCUCUACACCCACAGUGUUAAUGGUCUGGUGCUGUCCCUGCUGGCCGAGGAGCUGCUGCUGGGCGACGAUGCAGCCAUUGAGGAGGUGACCGCGCGGCACCCCAUGGUGGUUCAGUUGCUUCCUGCACCCUCCUUCACCGCUGCUGCAAGGGACUUACCCACCCCCUUCCGCUACCAACACAACAUGGGGUACCACAGUAGCCUGGCAUCCCUGAAUGGGCUGGAGGUCCACCUGAAGGAGACGCUGCCCAAGGAUGCAGCUGCCAUUCCCAGCAGGACGUACAACUUCACGCAUUAUGACCGCAUCCAGAAUGUGCUGACCGCAAACCUGCCACAGGUGGCCACCCCCCAGGACCGCCGCUUCCUCCAGGCCGUCAGCCUCAUGCACACAGACUUUGCCCGGCUGCCUGCUCUGUAUGAGAUGACAGUCAGUAGGAGAAAAUAAGGCAAGUUAGAGGGUCAGGAGGGGAGGGUGUGCUGUGCUGCUUAGUCCUUGGAAUGAUUUGGACAAGUGCAUUUCUUUGUCCUCAUUGUACAAACAAGGAUAUUGAGGCACAAACAGGAUAAGCAACUCGUCCCAGCAUCACAUUCUGAGUAAGUGGCAGAGUGAGGAUUUGAACCCGACUCUCUCUGACUCUGAAGUGCACAUGCUUUUCUGCACAUUUCCAUCUCAGGGGCAGUGGUCAGAGUGGUUGAGAGGGAGGGGUGUGGGUUUGGCCAAUGCCCUGCACACUGGAGUUUCAGGCAUCUCUGCCGCCCAGGACCAUCUCCAGCUAGUAUUCCAGUAUAUCUUUCCAUAAAAAAUGUGCCUUCUCUGGCUUUAAGUCAGAGCUGCUCCAGGCCAACGACCUAGAUGAAUACGUAGUUACUGGUUUGGGAACCACUUGUGUUGGGUGUGUGGGGAUCUGUCCUGAGAGGGAUAGAAAUAAGUGAAAUGUCAGCCUGUGAUCCAUCAACCAACUAAUGGCCCUGCAGUAUUGUUUUUUUUUUUUUUUUAAGAUUUUAUUUAUUUGAAAAAGAGAGCACAAGUAGUGGGAGCUGCAGAGAGGAGAGGGAGAGGGAGAAGGUGACUCCCUGCUGAGCAAGGAGCUUUUGUGUGCUCAAUUCCAGGACCCUGAGAUGAUGACUUGAGCUAAAGACAGAUCCUCACCCGACUAAGCCUCCCAGGCAUCCCUCCCUUUGUUAUUUCACUUUCCUUGGGGCGGAGAGGGUUUUAGAGUUGGGAUACAUGGCUUAUUUUAAAAGUUAUAGAAAUGACGGCCACCAUUUCUUAACCCCUCACCAUGUGCUAAACAAUUUAUAUGUAUUUUGCUCAUUUGGACUCUUAAAAAAUCUCAGGGAUGGGAUUCACUAUUAUCCUAUCCAUUUUACAGAUGUGGAAUUUAUAGCUGAGACUGAGAAAGGAUGAGUAAUUUAGCCAGGGGCAUGCAGCUAGGAAGCCACAGGGUAGGGAUCAGCACCAGGCCGUGAUGCUCUCUCUCCGUGGCUGUGAUGACUUGCUUAUGACUCAUCCUGCUGGUCCGGUGAGUGGCACAAAACACCUAGGCCAGAAGGGCUCUUCUGGCCCCUUGAGCUCCUGGAAGGAGAAGCUAGAGGAGGAUGGCAUUCUCCUCCCUCCUCACCUGGAAGCAGAGAUCCCAAUGAGGGGGCCCUAGUGGUCCCUGACUCUAGAUUUGGGGAAAUAGACUGAGGCAGGCAGGAUCAAGAGACCAGAUGGUUGCCUGGCCCCAGAGUCACUUCUUCCCUAGUGGACCCUCAUCCCUCCCUCUGCUUCUGUGACAGGUUUCCUAUUAGAAACCUGCUCCCUGCCCUCACUCCCUUCCACUCAUCCAGCUGCCCUCCACAGACGGUCCGUGCUCAUCAGCCUGGAAGCAUCACCCAGCCCUGUGCCGCCAGGGCCUCGUCUAUCAGAUAGGGUCGCACCUCUGCUGCAUAAGGCUGGUGAAUAAGCCAGGCUGCUUGAGAGUGUUUGCAUAGUUGGGGUUCCACCAGCAAAAUGUGCACCCAUUAGACAGUCGCAGCUCCAGUGAGUCGAAAGGAAAGAGAAAUGGUUAUAGGCACUAAGGCCUGGAACUCAAGUGCAGACAUUGAACCCCAAGCCAUGGCAGCCGCACCCUACGGCUGUUAGUGUUGCUGGGCUACUGCCAUGCACCUGUUGAGGUCUCUGUGGUCAGAGGCCUGCACAGGCAGCAUGGGACGGAACAGUCAUUCCCCCCCCCGCCCCCCC